AUGCAAAAAUGCCUGUCCAAGCGGUAAGACAAAAAUUUUGAAAAAAUCCCAUCAUCAUAAGGAAAAUGGGCCCUCAAAACACUCGUUUUAUCUAUGAAUUUUCAGGACACGACCGCUAAUCAUGAUCCCGACAAUGCUCACAACACUGGCGUUGGCGCAGUUCAACAGCAGCAAUAUUAUCGACUUGCCGGUCAGUCGAUUCCCCGAGCCGAAAUGCACCUACAAUGUGCUGCAUGACGACAGAUACGGCAAGCAGGUGAUAGGGUAGGGGUUCUUUUUUCAUUUAGAAAUUUAAUUUUGUUGUUAGUUUCAAGUUUUCGCGGCGAAACCAAAAAAAAUGUAAAACUUAGGUCCCACCACGAACACUUGACAUACCAUUUUUUGUAAUAGUGUAUAGAUAAGACCAAUGUAUAUCAAAUUUGCUGGUUUUUAGAGCCAUUUUGCACUCUGGUUUGCCAAUUUUUACGUCUCUGCCAUGUUUUUCCCAAAAAUUCCUCAAAAAGUAUUCAAAAAAUCGGUAAAAAAUCAUAUUUCAAACCGAGAAAAGAAGGGCAAUAGCAUGUAAAUGAUAUAUCCUUCUUUUUAAUGCCAAACGCCAACGAAUUUCUAAUCCCCUGAGGGCAUAAAACAACUUUUUCUAAUAAAAUCCCAAUUUUUUCGAAAAAAAUCAGUUUUUCCAAAAAAAAAAUCGGUGAAAAAUUCAUUUGCAAAAUACGUAUAGGCAGCAAGCUUAUCUUACAUGAAGAACACAUUGUUUGCAGAAAAAUCAACAUUGGCGACCCAUUAUAUCACAAAUGGGAGUGUGACUACGGCGAGCGGACAAGCGUGGAUAUCUACUGCAUGAUGGUGCACAGUUGCACGGUGACCUCGCAACGACAGCAGCAGCCCAUCGAAAUUAUUGACGAGUUCGGCUGCACGCUGUUUCCGCAAGUCAUCAGCAAUAUUCGGUAUGACGCCGACUUGAAAGGAGGGCUCAAAGUUCAAGCCUUUUCGCUCGAUGUGGAUGAGGUAGGUUGCUCAAAACUAAAAAAGUACCCCAAGUGCGACGCUCAGAUUUUCUACAGUGGGGGACCUGAUCCAGUGGCAAAAAACGUACCAUUUUGCAUCCAGGAAGCAUCAAAAAUGUGGCAAAACACCUCCCUCUACAAGUGAAAAAACUCACAAAAAGCGCGUCCUCUCUUUUUGUGAGGAAAAAGGGCGUGCACUUCAAAACGAAGCGUUUUCACUUGGAGAGGGAUUUUGCCACAUUUUUGAUACUUCCCGGAUGCAAAAUGACACUGUUUUUGCCACUGGAUUAGGUCCCUCACUGCAAAUGUGCCAAAUAUAGUGACGGAUCUGAUCCUGUGGCAAAAAACGUACCAUUUUGCAUCCGGAAAGUAUCAAAAACACUGAGAAUACCUCCCUAUAAAAACUCUGCUCGCCCUCACAUAAAAAGAGAGGACGCACUUUUGAAACCAGAGUUUUUGUUCGCUUGAAAAGGAGGCACUUCACUACAUUUUUGACACUUCCCGGAUGCAAAAUGAUCCGUUUUUCGCCAUUGGAUCAGGACCGUCCCUAUAAGGGGAAAUGCUCAAAAAAAUCCCAAUUUAUCUCCCCUUUUCAGCCAGCCAUCAGUUUCCGAUGCAGCAUCAAACUCCUCUUGAAGCUAAAUGGCAUCUGCCGACGACCGCAAUGUGCCGUUCAAGCGGCCGAAUGGGUCCGAAAACGACGUUCAAUCGGCCGAUUUAACCGAGCUAAGUGA